UAACUGUUGAUUUUGCGAAUCUGAAUUCGUGCAGAGUCGAUGGAUUUGAUCGGAAGUCUACCUGACGAGGUUCUUUGCCAUAUACUGUCUUUCCUUACGAUAAAGGAAGCUGCUUUGACAUCGAUUCUCUCAAAGAAAUGGCGCAAUUUAUGGGCACUUGUCCCUAAUCUUGACAUUGAUGACUCUGUGUUUCUUCAUCCGGAAGAAGGUAAGCGAGAAAGAGAAGGGAUUAUUCAGAGCUUCAUGGAUUUUGUGGAGGUUUUGGCAUUGCAGGGUAAUACUCGCAUUAAGAGAUUCUCCCUGAAAUGCAAAACUGGUAUUGAUACAGAUCGUGUGAAUUUUUGGAUAUGUAAUGUCCUGCAGCGUGGUGUUACAAACCUUGAGCUUGUCCUCGAUUUUCCUAGAGACAAUGACGAUUUAGAUUCCGAAUAUAUGUAUUUUCUGCCUAAGGAGAUGUUUGUCAGUAGCAAACUAGUCGAGCUGAGUUUAAGAAGUGAGUUUGGUGUUGAUUGGUGGCGUGGAGGUACAGCAACUUUCUUACCAAUGCUUAAAACCCUCAGCAUUGAAUCAGACGGGGUUUUGUUAGGUGAUAAGCUUGAUGUGUUUCUGUCUGCUUUCCCUGUGCUUGAGGAGCUCUCCAUUUCUGAUAUUGAGUGGCUUGAUUGGGAUGAAACCGCGUCAAGUGCAAGCCUCAGGAAGCUAUCUAUCUAUGCAAGUGGUUUUGAAGACUGGAGAAAUCCGAAAAGCAUUUCUUUUGAUAUUCCAGGCCUGGUUUGCCUUGAGUAUUCUGAUUUUGUUGCUGCGGACUAUCCAAAAGUUAACUUGACAAAUUUAGUUCAGGCUCGACUCGAAUUUAAAGUAACUGAAGAUGAAUUGGAGCUAAUUCGUGCGCCGAAUGAUGAAGAUGAUGUUAUGCUGCGUCUUAGGAAUGUUUGGAAGCUCAUCAGUGGCAUAAGAAAUGUUCAGAGGCUUUUGUUAUCUGCAGUUACUCUUGAGUUACUUUCUCUAUACUAUGUAUCGAUGCCUGUGUUCAACAACCUUAAGGUUUUACGGAUUAGGAGUGACGCAGAUCUGGGAUGGCAAGCAAUGCCGGUUCUCUUAAGGAACUGUCCACAUUUAGAAACUCUAGUCCUUGAGGGUCUCUUACACUACGUGACUGAUAAAUGCGGUGAUGUUUGCGACUGCAUAUCUCGGGAGGACAAAGGUCGUUCACUCUUAUCUUGUCCAGUGAAGAAGUUGCAGAUUAAAGGGUUUCAAGGAACAGUUAGAGAGAAAGAGAUGAUAAGGCAUUUCUUGGAGUCUUUCCCAUGUUUGGAGGAGAUGGAAGUAUAUGCCAAAGAGAAUGAUCCUCCCAACUUUGAAGAAGCUAGAAUCUUUAAAAUCGUCGCAUGUAAGGUCCACGAGGAGGUCACGACGGAGAUCGUGCUGCAGUCCAAGGGAUUCGCGUUCGGCAAGUUGGUACAACUGAGAAGUUUGUCCCAAACUCAGAUGGAGGAGAUCUCUGCUCAGUUUGCUCCCCGCAAUAACAAACAUAUCUACGAUAUGACUUUCAUCUUGCAUGGAACUUCUCCUCCACCGCAAGAGAUGUCUCAAGACUACCUUCAAAAGCAGAUAGAUGCUAAUAAAGCCAAUAUUGCGGAACUUAAGGAAAUGCAACGAGGCUACGAAGCUCUGUUGGAUAGCAUUGUUGAUCAGAACUCGUUGAUAGCAUCAGCUUUGAGGGCUCUACGUGCAAAUGGCUUAGAAGGUGCAGAGGCAUUGAACGAUCAGGAGAUGGCCGAGAAGAACCGGGACCUCGAGGCCCAGUUUGAUAUCAUUGCCCAACAGAAUCCAAUGCUAGCUUCAGCGUUGAAGGCUUGGCGUGCGACUAACUUAGAGCGAGGAGAGACGUCAUGGGAUCAGGAGAGGACCGAACUCGACCAAUCUACGUCCUAAGCUGUGUCCGCAGAGUUUUUGCCUCGAGAUGGAGAUUAAUGUUUGUUUUUGGGUAAUGACAUAAUUAAAUUUAUGCUUGUUUUUUUUUUUUCUCUUUUGUAAAAUAAUUUUUAUGUUUCAAUUUUAAACUAAACCGAUGUGGAAGUGGCAUUUAAUUUGCGU